AUGGAUAGAAGAAACAACACAAACGUGCCUGACUUCAUCCUUGUGGGACUCACAGACUCUGAAGAGGUCCAGCUGGUCCUCUUUCAUAUAUUGCUCCUGAUCUACCUGGUUACUGUGCUGGGGAACGCAGGGAUGAUCCUCAUCAUCCACCUGGACCUCCAGCUGCACACGCCCAUGUAUUUCUUCCUCAGUCACCUGUCAUUCAUUGAUCUCAGCUACUCAUCAGUCAUUACCCCUAAAACCUUAGAAAACCUAAUAGCUUCCACCAAACAUAUUUCAUUUGGAGGCUGUUUAGCCCAGAUGUAUUUUUUUGUCUUCUUAGGUGCCACGGAAUUUCUUCUUCUCUCUACAAUGGCUUAUGAUCGCUAUGUAGCUAUAUGCAAACCUCUACAAUACCCACUCAUUAUGUCCCCAUUACUCUGCUGCUCCCUUAUCAUUUCCUCAUACUUGAUUGGCUCUAGUGAGUCCCUUGUUAAUGUGAUGUACAUGAAAACCUUGCAUUUCUGUGACUCCAAUGUAGUGCAUCACUUUUUCUGUGACACUACCCCAAUUUUAGCUCUGUCCUGCACAGACACACAUGAUGUUGAGACCAUGAUAUUCAUUCUUGGUGGCUCCACCUUAGUGGCUUCUCUUAUCACAAUCUCUGUUUCCUAUGCAUCCAUUCUCUCUACUAUCCUGAAAAUCAAUUCCACAUCAGGGAAGCAAAAAGCCUUCUCUACCUGUGCCUCUCAUCUGCUGGGGGUCACCAUCCUCUAUGGUACACUUAUUUUUACUUAUUUAAAGCCAAGGAGCGCCUACUCCUUGGGAAAGGACCAAGUGGCCUCUGUUUUUUAUACUAUUGUGAUCCCCAUGCUGAACCCGCUCAUUUAUAGUCUGAGGAACAAAGAAGUGAAAAAGGCUGUCGUUAGACUUCUGCAGAAGAGGGAGAGCACCAGACUACAAGUCAGGAUGAACCCAAGCAUAGAUGAGAGCUCUACUUGUGAAGCAACCCUAGGGCCUAAUGCCAUCAGAUACUUGGUACAUGGAUGA